AUGCCUCGGAAUGCAGGCGCUCUCCGAAUACCAUAUCGCACAGGCAGCGCAGCGCAGAGGCCAGCUCGAUCAAUAUCAACCUUGCUACGCGACAAUAUUGGUGACCCCCGCCUUAUCUCGGGAGCUACCGGCAGGGUCACUCUGGGCAGCAUGGCAUGGCAUGGCAUGGCAUGGCACGGCGUUACCGAAACUUGGCUCGUCGUCGAACACGGGGUUGGCCGCCUGGACACGGGCGAGGAGGAAAUCGAGCGGUGGGAAAGGCCGAGUUUUGUUUAG